AUGGGACCCAAACCAAUUCCUCUCUUUGGCAACUUCAAGGAUGUGAUUCUCGGCAAAGUGCAUAUGGCAGAUUUUAUACAAGAUAUAUAUCAUCAAUUUGCGUCCGAACCAGUAGUAGGACUUUUUGCCAGCAACAUUCCUAUUCUAUUGGUGAAAGAUCCAGAAAUCAUACAAGAAGUUUUAGUAAAAGGUUUUUCAAACUUCAGUGAUCGAGGUUUCACACAUCAUGGUGAUGUCGAUUCAUUAUCUCAGCACUUGUUGUAUAUGACAGUGGAUAAAUGGAAACCAAUGAGACAAAAACUUUCUCCAGUUUUUACAUCGACAAAAUUAAAAGAGAUGUUUUAUUCAAUAUCCGCAUGUGCUGAUAAUUUUUCUGCCUAUACAAGAAAUUUGGUUAAAAAAAAUGAGAUUGUUGAUUGUUUUACACUUACCCGCAAGUAUGCUAUUGAUGUAAUAGGUAUUUGUGCAUUCGGACUUGAAACUAAAAUACUGUCACAAGAAAAAACUGAGUUUGAACGCGUAAGUGAAAUGAUAUUUGAAAAUAGCGUGAAAAACACAUUGAAGCGCCUUAUUAGAUUUUGUCCCAAUUGGAUUAAAAAAUUAACGAAACCUGUCAUUACAAAUCACGAGGUAGUUAAUUUUUUCAUGUCCUUGAUAGAAAAAAAUAUUGCAUUCAGAAAUACGAAUAAUUUACGGAGAAAUGACCUUGUUGAUAUAUUAAUGGAUAUUAAAAAUCAUCCAGAAAAAAUUGGAGAAAAAGAAGCGACAUUGGCAUUGUUGACUUCUCAAGCGUAUGUAUUUUUCGCUGCAGGAUUUGAUACUACAUCUAGUACAAUAACUCAUGCACUGUAUGAGGUGGCAUUAAAUCAAAACAUACAAAAUCAACUGAGAACUGAAAUUUGUACAACUAUACAGAAAUACUCUGGAAAUCUUAAUUACGAUGUAAUCUAUCACAUGAAAUAUUUAGAUCAAGUACUAAAAGAAACAUUGAGAAAAUAUCCACCUGGAUACUUUACUGGAAGAAGAGCAAUAGAUGAUUAUACAUUUAAAAGGACUAAAAUUACAGUUAGACGAGACAUAAGAGUUUUAGUUCCGAUUCAUGCAAUACAUAAUGAUCCAAAUAAUUAUCCCGAACCGGAUAAAUUUGAUCCAGAAAGAUUUACCGAGGAAGCGGAAAAAAUGAGACAUCCAAUGACUUUUUUGCCAUUUGGCGCUGGUCCACGAUACUGUAUUGGAAAGAGAUUUGCCUUUAUCUCAACGAAAAUAGCCAUUGCAAGGAUUAUAAGUAGAUUUAAAUUUGAGACAUUAAAAUCACCCAAUGCUGAAAUUCCAAAAGACCGAAUGCUCUAA